AUGUCACGCGCUUCCAAGCUCACGCUACUGGGCACGUCACUCUUUGCCGUCUCGACAGUCGCAUUUGUCCACUUCCAGCAACAAGCAGAGCAAGCAGCGAUGCAUGAAGGCGUGGUUCGAGAUAUGGAGCAGCAGCGCAUAAAGAAGGAGCGACAACUCGAUUUCGACAUGCAACGCGAGCUCGAGAAAGAAUACAAGCGACACCAAUCUGUCCAUAGUACGAUCGAGCCGUCAGCGCCCCCCGGCGGACAAGGGAAUGGUCCAGCCUCGAAGUAG